AUGAUGGCUAUGCGAAGCACCCGUUUGGCCCGUUACAUGAAGCCGGCCAUCCGUAUAGUUCAGUCCCGUGGCUAUACUGAAGAAAUGUCCUUCACUUUAGCGGCAGCCAACAAGGUGUUCUACGACAGUGCCAACAUCCGGCAAGUAGAUGUGCCUUCUUUCAGUGGAGCGUUCGGCAUCCUCCCGAAGCAUGUUCCAACGCUUGCUGUGCUGAAGCCGGGCGUUGUCACGGUGUAUGAGCGCGAUGGUGCGCAGAAGAAGAUUUUCGUAUCGAGCGGUACCGUCACUGUCAAUGAGGACGCUUCCGUGCAAGUAUUGGCGGAAGAAGCACACCCAAUCGAAGAUCUGGAUGCGUCCGCUUGCCGAGAACUGCUUACCAACGCUCAGAGUCAACUAUCAUCUGCCUCAGGAGAUAAGGAUCGUGCCGAAGCUGCCAUUGCCGUCGAGGUAGCUGAGGCUUUGCUGAAGGCUGCGGAAUAAACUUUCCAACU